AUGCGUCGGGUCGUCGUAACUGGUCUCGGGGCUGUGACGCCUCUUGGGGUAGGGAUCCGUCGCACCUGGAGCCGCCUGCUGGAUGCCCACUGCGGCAUCGUCAACGUCACCCACCGCGACCCGAGGUUCGCCGACUUGCCAUGCCAGAUCGCUGCCGUUGUGCCGCAAGGCACCCGCAAGGAUGGUUGUUGGACCGCCUCGGAGUGGUUGAGUAAAGAUGCAGGUUUCGCCCUAUUCGAUGAGCGCAAGAUGGCCAAGUUCGCCCAGUAUGCCAUGGCCGCUUCGGAGGAGGCGCUGGAAGAUGCCGGCUGGAAGCCCACCGAUUUCGAACAGCGAGAAGCUACAGGAAUCUGUCUUGGGUCCGGGAUCGGCAACUUUGACGAGGUCUACGAUACGGUUGUAGCAUACGAAAAAGGCGGCUACCGGAAAGUGUCACCCUUGUUCGUCCCGAAGCUUCUAAUCAACCUCGGCGCCGGACACAUAUCCAUGAAAUAUGGGUUCAUGGGUCCCAAUCAUUCCGCUACCACCGCUUGUACGACCGGCGCCCAUUCCAUCGGUGAUGCGGCCCGCUUCAUCGCGUGCGGAGAUGCGGACGUGAUGCUGGCUGGUGGAGCAGAAUCCUGUAUUCAUCCGCUGGCUGUCGGGGGAUUCGCUCGGGCGCGCAGCUUGGCGACAAGCUAUAACGACGCGCCGGAAAAAGCAGCGAGGCCGUUUGAUGCGGAUCGAGAAGGUUUUGUGAUGGGCGAGGGCGCAGCCAUGGUGGUUUUGGAGGAUCUUGAACACGCGAAAGCAAGAGGAGCCCGCAUCUACGCCGAGCUGAGAGGCUACGGCUGUUCUGGCGAUGCACACCACAUCACGGCACCCAAAGAGAACGGCCAGGGCGCGUUUCUGUCCAUGAAGAAGGCGCUGAAGAACGCCGGGAUUUUGCCCUCAGCGGUCGACUACGUCAACGCGCACGCCACUUCGACUGUGGUCGGUGACGCCGCGGAAAAUGCUGCCAUCAAGACUCUGCUGCUGGGCUCGGGAGGCAGGCAGCGGGCGACGGAAGUCAACGUCAGCAGCACCAAGGGCGCGGUUGGCCACCUGCUCGGUGGUUCGGGCGCUAUCGAGGCUGUAUUUUCCAUUCUCGCAGUUCACGAGGAUGUGAUGCCUCCGACGAUCAAUCUGGAGAAACUGGCGGAUGGAUUUGACUGCAAUUAUGCCCCCGGACAGGCUCAGGAGCGUCGCAUCGACGUGGCCUUGACCAACAGCUUCGGGUUUGGCGGGACGAACAGCAGCUUGUGCUUCUCCAAGCAUGCAUAGGUGGGUGGCUUGGAUAUCAUAUGAUAUUGGCGUUUUUUGCAUAUUGCAUUGCAUUGUAUCAAUAGAAUGUACAACACGGUGGAUAGGCCGCACUUGACCUACAUUAAAUGGACACUCCUGAC